AUGCACUGGAUUUCCGAUCAAGAUAUAUCUCGUGACCUCCUUCUUGUUCUUCAUACUGACAGCAAGCUCACUUUGUGGAACGCUCAGACCUGUACCCCUUUAUGGAAAAAAACGUACUCUUCAAACCUCACUUCUGUAUCUUUAGACCCAUUUUCAUCUCAGAACUUAAUUUGUGAGUUUGCAUUUUCAAAUUUACAUCACACUAGUGCAUGUUAUGCCUACUUCCGAUACCAGCAGUAUAGAAAUCUUUAUGUCACAGUGAAUAUUAAGCCCAUUUUUUUAUAUUUUCUGAAGGUUUACUGCUGCCGUCAAGCUGAUGCUCUGGUAUGUUUGCAUCAAAACGGUACUGUAAACAAGGCAACGCCAUCGGCUCCCGUUGAUUUAAAUUAUCGUCUUAUGUGUGAGUCGAAGUCUUUACGGCGGGGCAGAAACUUCCAUGUUGUUGCUAUGGCAGUGGAUCCGAGCACUGAAUUGACUAUCACAGUGAGCCAACCCACGUUUUCUCAAUUCAAUUCAAUUUAUACGUUUUCGCCUUCGUUCAGCCUGAACAUCCAUCGUGCCUGUCUCCUAGCCUCGCACAAGUAUGUCUGCGAGUUGGAGUCUGCCGCCUCCGUCGCCGCUGCUGCUGCUGCUGAAGGCGAUAGUGAGUCGCUUUCCACAGCCAAGAUGAACUACACAAGCUCGGUGAAGCUGUUGGCCGCGAGCCUCAUCUCCAGCAAUCGCCUCUACGAGGGCGUGGAGAUGCUCUGCAUGUUGGGAAUGCACUCGGAGGCCUGUCGGUACCUGGAGGCGUACAACGAAUGGGGCACUGCUGUUUGGUUGGCCAAAGUGCGUGUUUGUGUUCGGCCAUUUUUCUUCCACAGCUCAGUCCUUUCACACAAGCAUCUGCUGUGCAAACACCCUCCUUUCAAAUCUUUCCUUUUAGUGUAUGCUGAGCAGAGAAGAGUGCAAUGA